CAUCUCUCUGAUUUCGUUAGAUCACAACCGUCCAUUUUCAAUCCAACGUCUGUAUAUGGCCUAUGCUCAUCCAGUUCAAAGAAGGGUCGUCGUCCCCGGUCAAGCUCCCUUGAUCGUCGUCGAUCCGAGAACCCUAGUCUUCUCUCCGGCCCCUCCGCCGCCGCCGGUUGGCUACCUCCCCGGAGCUAUCCCAGCAAUUGCGAGCCCUGCUUUCCCUGGAGUCGUUGUUGCUCCUGUUGCUUUGAGGCUGAAUCCUGCUUCCUUAUUGAGGAUCGACGAGCAGAGGACUCACGAGCUGAUCCAGUUUAUGGUGAGCGAGGGCUUGGUGCCUACGCCGGAGGAGGAUAUGAAGAGGCGAGAUGCGAUGGAGCAAUUGAAACAGAUUGUCUUGGCAUGGAUUAAGCUCGUUGCUUGCCGGCAUGGGCUGCCAAAAGAAGUGAUCAGUAGUACAAGUGCAACGAUUUUGCCAUUUGGAUCAUAUGGUUUGGGAGUUCAUGGCUCUGAUUCUGAUAUUGAUGCUUUAUGCAUUGGUCCUUCUUUUGCAACUCUGGAAGAGGACUUUUUUGAUGUCCUAAAAAAUAUGAUUCAGAGCAGGCCGGAAGUAUCUGAAGUUCACUGUGUCAAGAGUGCUAAAGUGCCUCUCAUGCGUUUUAAAUUCGGUGGGAUUAAUAUUGAUUUUCCAUACACUCAGCUUCAAGCUAUCUCUGUUCCUGAAUUUGUUGAUAUCUUUGAUCCCUACUUAGUUGUAUCAAAUGAAACCAGUUGGCGAAGCCUUUCUGGUGUUCGUGCAAAUAUACGCAUUCUUCAGCUGGUUCCAAGUCUGAAGAAUUUUCAGUCUAUGCUUCGGUGCAUCAAACUCUGGGCAAGAAGGCGUGGAGUUUAUUCACAUUUGCUUGGGUUCUUUGGAGGAAUUCAUCUGGCUAUCCUCGCUGCUCAUGUUUGCCAGAGAUAUCCAAAUGCCAGUAUAAGUGCUUUGAUGGCUAUUUUCUUUGAGUACUUUUGGCUUUGGCGUUGGCCUGAGCCAGUGAUCCUGCUAGAUAAUUCUAUACCUUUCAAGUAUCCAGAUGGCCGUGCUCUUAUGCCAAUUUUGAUGCCAUGUAGUCCAUUUGAGUGGUGCAACUCUAAUAUUACAAAAAGCACUUUCACCAAAAUCAAGGCAGAAUUUCAGCGAGGGCAUUUUUUGACCAGGGAUCUUGCAAGGCCAGAUUUUGAUUGGACAUUUUUGUUCAAACCUUUUCCUUAUGUGGAGAAGUACUCUCAUUUUCUUCGGAUUCUCCUUACUGCUCAUGAUGGUGAUGAACUUAGGGACUGGGUGGGCUGGGUGAAGUCACGUUUUCGCAGUCUUCUACUGAAGCUUGAGGCAGUGCAAGGAUAUUGUGAUCCCAAUCCUAUUGAGUACAUGGAUCAUAAUGUGGCUGAACCAAAUGUUGUAUUCUAUUGGGGAUUGUCACCCAAUGGAUGCUUUUCCAUUAGUGUUGACGCUAUAAAGGAGGACUUCAUGAAAAGUGUCAAUAAGGAUGAUACAUAUUCAGCAUACCAAGGAUCUACAUGUAAAUUGGACAUGUUGAUUGUUGAGUCUUGCCAACUUCCAAAGUACAUCCAUCUUGACAAAGGAAGCACAAAGGAACUUAAGGCAUGCUGGAAAAUUCUGGAUUACAGCAAUCACAUGAAACCAAUCUAUUCCCAAUAUACACCACAAUAUUCUGGUGGCACAUAGGAGGGAUCCUCUUGCAGUGGUAUGAGGGAUUAUCCAAGAAAAAACAGUUGCGUGGUUUUGGUUUGUUUAAGUUGAAAAUGUGAAAAUACUACCAUGUCUGAGCUUCCGCCGUCCAUCUUCACAUGGAAGAACCUGCCUGACAGGUUCCACCCACACACACACACAAAACAUAGCAACAGCAAAGUUUUUGCUGUUUUUACAUCAAGGGUAAUUAAUUUUUUUCCUGUUAUUAUCCUUGGAUCAUAUGUACAUCUGUUGUAAGGUUUGAUUAUUCUUUUCUCAAUGUUUCUCCUGUACAUUGCCGAAAUAGAAAUUCACUGUUUGCUUUAAA